AUGUAUACAAAACUAAGAUCUAUACAAUCAGGAACGUUUAGCACAGUUUAUAAAGCAUGGAGUACAAAGCAUAACCGCUAUGUCGCUUUAAAGAUCACUCCUAAAUACAAAACUUCAGAAGCCAACAUGAAGAACGAGUAUGAUGUCAUGAAGGUGUUGAGUUCUUGCAACCCCCACCCCAAUAUCUGUUCAAUGCUCGAUUUUUACACUGAUGAUUUGUACUACAUCAUGGUGUUAGAGUACUGCGAGUGCGGUGACCUUUAUGACUUUCUAGAUAUUGCUAAAAGUCAAGGUAGCCCAUCGUCUCCAUCUCUCAUUCAAAUUGAUAUGCAAAAGAUAAUAAAACAGUUGUGUUCAGCAAUCAGCUUCGCUCACAGCUUGGGCAUUGCCCAUCGUGAUAUCAAACCAGAAAAUGUUCUGCUAACGAUCAACGGUGACAUCAAGUUAGCUGACUGGGGCCAUGCUAUCCAAUCCCCUAAGUCCAACGACUUCCAAAUCGGUACUGAUAAUUACAGAGCACCAGAAACUUUCUCGGGCCGCGUCAGCAACUCUUGCCUUCAGAAGAAGUCGGAUCGGUCAUCGGCUCCAUUGUAUAACACAUAUCAAGCUGACUACUGGUCACUUGGUGCCACCAUAUUUUACCUGAUGUUCGGGGAUUGCCUUUUCAGAGUUUCCAAAUCAAAGAAGGUUCAGCAUCUAAAAAAUUUUGAUGAGUUCGAGGAGGAUCCAUUUGCAUUCAUUUACAGGAAAUACGUGGUGCCAAGGCUCGCCUGUGGCUGCAAUGAUGAAGAAGACCUACACGUAAGCCUACAGCAUACAAGGCAGUACGUUUGGCAAGAUCUGCCUGACAUUUAUGAUGUUUUCCAUUUAUGCAAGAUUAUGGUUGACACCUUAUUAAGAGUAUCUAAUGCUAAAGAGAGAUCAAUGGAGAAUUUCAUUAACAAAGUUGAUUCUGCAUGGAACAAAGACACUUCUAUGGACAGCUGCUUUUCUUACCAAAGUAAGAUUGAUCUAUUUUGGGAACAGUGGUCUGUAAACACGGAGACAAUACCGGCAAACUUCCAAUUGAAAAAUUUUGAGAAACCUUGCCUAGUCCAAGAUAGCAAAUAA